AUGCAGUUCAGUGAAGAAGAGAGUUUGAAGAGAAUGUCUCCUGUGCAGAUGGUCUGUUGCCUCCUUCUCGUACAUCUGGUCAAGGUGAAGAGCAAAGAUUCUCAGCCGUGGACAGAUGGAGGUGCAACAGUGAAGACGACGGUCUUACCAGUGGCACUUGGAGAGAAUGUGACUUUGCCGUGCUUCAAUAAAAACAAACUUCAAGGUAGACUUUACUGGUACAAACAGGGUCUGGACAACACUACGGCUGUGGUUUCUUCUUACUUUGGAGCUAAAUUUUACGGUGACUUCGCCAACAAUGAUCGCUUCAAACUGGACGAUGAAGGCGAUAAAAACAAUCUUGAAAUAUCAAAGGUCAGAAUUUCGGAUUCCGCUGUUUAUCAUUGCCUCAGUGGAUUGGCUCAUCAAAUCGAGUUCUUGGCGUCUGUUCACGUCUUUGUAAAGACUUUGAACCCUGGACUCGGCGUCCAUCAAACGGUGUCAGGACCAGUGGAAGCAGGACAUUCUCUGGUCCUUCGCUGUGAGGUUGAUUCUGGAACGUGUCUGGGGCCACACAGGGUCCAUUGGUUCAGACAGUCUGAAAAGUCUGCAGCAGUGCUCUACGGCGAGGAUCAGUGCCAGAGCGACAAAACAAACCCGACAAACUCCUGCUUCUACAACCUCCACAUUCAUAACAUGAGCUCAGGGCAAACUGGGACGUACUACUGCGCUGUGGACCUCUGUGGACAGGUCCUGUUUGGGAACGGAACCGAAGUCAGGAUCAGGGAAGUCUCAGACAUGUUGAUCUAUGUCUUGAGUGGAGUGUCUGUGUUCAGCACCAGUCUGGUUGUUGGACUCUCUUUCUGCUUGUGCACAAAUAACAACACAGACAGAUCCCUGAGAAGUGCUGCAGCUGAGACAAAGGAUGUUCCCAAACGUCUGCAGUACAAGGCCACAGAGCAGGUGAACAGAAGGAGACAGUCACAUGACACAUGGAGCGAGUGCGUCUACUUCAGUGUGGAGCAGUGA